AAGACCAAUUGGUGGCCGACGUCUUGUCGUACUUCCGAUUCGAUGUGUUCGAGAGCUUAGAGACUCUGUGGACGCCUGUCCUCAUCAGAAUCAUGACUUCCUUCUCCUCCGAUUAUAAUAAAGAUGAAAGUAUACUAAUAACACUGGUCUGGUUGUUCACCUCAUCGUCGUCGUGGUUCCUCAUACUGGCCUCGUCUUACAUCAAUGUGUAUCUGUGUCUCAAAGAGAUGGAUCAGUUCUGGAAGAUAUUGAUGGCCGAGAGAUCGAGUUUAGAGAAAUACCGUUUUGCCACUAAAGAGGAAUUGACCGAAAAGUGUGACGACGUGUGCGCCGUCUGUCUGUCCAAAAUGUCACACCGGGUCCGGGUGACUCCGUGUCGGCACUUCUUUCACGGCGAUUGUCUCCGGCGUUGCAUUCAAUUGAACGCAACUCUACCGGCAUUGUGUCCGAUGUGU